AUGACCGUUUUCGAGUCGUGGCAAAAUGUGAUCGACGUCUCGGCCCAAGUUCCCGAGCUCCAUGUUCGCUAUCAAAAUCUUUCCGACCCAUUCGAUCUCAAUCAGAUCGGCGCCGGAUACGGUGAGCAUUUUUUUUUGUUCUCUUCCAAUGUACAUAUAAAGAGUUUUGAGGCGUAUCCAAGUAUUAUACCUUUCAGACAUCAUAAUUUUCCCAUUCUUAAAAACUGAAACCAUUCACUUAUAAACCAAGCGGUAUUACAAUUUGAAAUCAGUUUUCGAAUAUUUUUGAGAAGCCUAAAGUUUCUUCAAUUUCUAUUAAAGUGGGUUAUGUUUGUAGAGAGUAAUUAAUCAAAAAAAUUACUCAAAAAAAUUACUAAAACUUAAAUCAAUGUUUUAGUAUAUUCCCAUUACUAAUAGUUCUGAAUUUUUCAAAAAUUUUUGUUAAAGAUACCUGGACAAAAAGCGAGACUCAACUGUUGAUGCUGGCCGUCCUGUUGGUGAUGAUCAUGUUGGCGUUGGCCAUUAUUGUCGCAUUGGACUGUGGCAGACAGUGCCGACUUCACAAUUGUCGGGAAGACGUUGAAGCUUCGAUUAAAGGUACCCCUGAAUUUCUCAUAACUAUUUUUGAAAAACAAAACACAUCAAGAAAUUUGAUAUUGCUAACUUGGGUCUAAAACUAUGUAUAACUGACUCAAAACCUAUACGAAAUCAUUUAAUUAGAAGCUACUCAUAGUAAAGGAUAGGGAAAUGCAUUUCAUUUAUAUGGAUGAAAAGAAAACCGUUUAAAUGGUCGACUUUUAUUUGUUUUAAAAUAAAUAAUCAGAAAAUGAACGUUUUCAGCACCUCCGCUCAGCGUCCUUGCACCGCCACCGUACACAGAACGUCAACCUUGA